UGGCGAAGGGAGCUGAUGACGCACUUCCCCUCGUCGCCCAGCUUGUUGUUCCAGGAAGUGGGGGAACUUCGUCGCUGAGGCCUUGGCGUCGCACGAGAGACGUUCGGUCUCCGUUGCUAAGGGCGACGUGUCGGGAGGGGGCCCCCGAAUUUCUAGGCCUGAGGCGAGAUGGAGCUGCCGGGGCCCGGGGUGGACUCCGCGGCCUCGGCCCGGGCGUUAGUCCCCGUCCAGGCCGAGGCCCGCGCCGUGGCGACGGUGAAGGAGGCCGCUCAGGAGGCCCCCAAGAGCCGCAAGAGGGUCCUCGACGAGGACGCCUACAUCCAGAGCCUGGAGAAAAUCAUUCAGAGGGAUUUUUUCCCUGAUGUUGAGAAGCUACGUGCCCAGAAGGACUAUCUGGAGGCUGAAGAGAGUGGUGACUUGGAGAAGAUGAGGCAGAUAGCUAUUAAAUUUGGCUCUUCGCUGGGGAGAUUUUCCAAAGAUACCCCAGCACCAUAUGUUACACCAGCAACCUUUGAAACGCCAGAGGUUCAUCCCGGUGACCCUUCCACGUUGAAUAAGCCUAAGCUCCCAGUGAAAAAUCGAGAAGAAGGUGAAACAGAGGAAGAAGAGAACAGAGAUGCUCUUCCCAGCCUGGACACCUUCUUGGCAAAACACACCAGCGAGGAUAAUGCGUCGUUCGAACAGAUCAUGGAUGUGGCCGAAGAGAAGGAGAAAGCAAGGCAUUCGUGGUUGUAUGAAGCUGAAGAGGAAUUUGCCGAGCGGCAUCAGAAGCAGCUGGCACUUCCAUCGGCCGAAGAGCAGCAGGCCCUGACUGGUGGGAAAGCGGGAGUGGAGACGUGGGAAUACAAGGCUAAGAAUUCCCUGAUGUAUUACCCACCAGGUGUUCCUGAUGAGGAGGAUAUGUUCAAAAAACCUCGAGAAGUGGUCCACAGAAACACUCGUUUCCUGAAGGAUCCAUUCAGCCAAGCUGUGAGCAAAUCCCAGCUCCAGCAGGCGGCGGCGCUCAAUGCUCAGUACAAGCAGGGCAAAGUGGGUCCUGAUGGGAAGGAGCUCAUCCCCCAGGAAUCUCCAAAGGUUAAUGGAUAUGGAUUUGUGGCAACACCCUCCCCAGCUCCUGGUGUGAAUGAGUCCCCUCUGAUGACCUGGGGUGAGAUAGAAAGCACUCCCUUGCGGAUAGAAGGCUCCGACACACCGUAUGUGGAUAGGACCCCUGGACCGGCCUUCAAGAUCCUGGAACCUGGCCGCAGAGAGAGGCUGGGGCUUAAGAUGGCCAACGAGGCAGCUGCUAAAAACCGAGCAAAGAAACAGGACGCUUUAAGAAGAGUCACAGAGAACCUUGCCAGCCUUACUCCUAAAGGACUAAGCCCGGCCAUGUCUCCAGCCCUGCAGCGCUUAGUAAACAGGACUGCCAGCAAAUUCACAGACAAAGCUCUCCGAGCCAGCUAUACCCCGUCUCCUGCGCACUUGGGAACACCUGGUUACAAAACCCCAGCAGGCGGACCACAGACACCCACCAUCACCCCGACCCCGAGGACGCUCUCCCAAACGCCAGUGACUCAGGACUCGGCUUCCAUCACGGACAAUCUCUUGCAGCUCCCAAAAAGACGCAAAGCUUCAGACUUUUUCUGAGGAAGGCUCUUUUUUCCCCACUGGACCCUGUGCAGCUGAAUAGACAAGUUCUGCUGGCGACAUUUGUGCAUGAAGAAGGGGCAAGAGGGAGCUGCCCCUUCUUCUGUAAUUCUUGUUUCUGUAAAUCUCUGGUGCCCCAGCACCCAGCUGGUAGUGGGGAACUGCAGAAGUAAACCCAGCCUUUGCUCACCAGAACUCUUACUACGGUGGUCGCAUCCUGAUUGAGAAAUAUGAGCUGCCAAAAAAGCAUAUGCUGCCUGAGCAUUCUAAUGCCUUUUGGAUUAUUUGAUUUAAUCAAGGGGGGAGUCUAAUCUACUCUGUACAGAUGUUUUUUAUUUAUUGACUGCAGUAAGCCUUUGAAUAAAAGGCCUGACACCAAAGUAAAAUCAGUGGAUUUGCUUCUGGCUCACAUAUCAUGCCGACCAUUACAA